AUCCGAGAGCGAGGUCAAAGUCCCGACAGGCCGAUAAUGACGAUCGAUGAAGAGCACAAACAAGGUUCCGUCCCGACUUCGAGCAGCAGGUAUGAACCGCUUACAUAAUCGAAGCCCACCCCGAUAGCGGAGAGAAGAGUCGAAGAUUGCGAAAGUGGGGAAGAGAGACAAGGCGCAUACAACCACCAUCCACUCUCACUCACCGCUAGCCAUGGAAUCUCGAGUAGUCGGCGUGCUCGGCGCAGGCCAGCUCGGCCGCAUGUUCGUCGAGGCAGCCAGUCGCCUCAAUGUCCAGGUGCGCCUUCUCGACGCUGGUCAGUCUGCACCAGCAAAGCAGAUCUGCUUCGUCCCUUCAGCCUCGAACCCAGCUCAAUCAGAGCACGUCGAUGGCUCCUUCGCCGACCCUGAGAAGAUCAAGCAGCUAGCAGAGAAAGUCGACGUCCUCACCAUCGAAAUUGAGCAUGUGGAUGCCAGGCAGCUGCAGGCCGUUCUGGAUGCCGGCAUCGUCAAGGAGGUCCACCCGCUUCCAGCGACCAUCGCCCUUAUCCAGGACAAGUACGCUCAGAAGAAGCAUCUCAUAGCUCAUGGCCUGCCAGUCGCCGACUUCGUCUCCGUCGGCUCAGAGUCUGCUCUGCCCAAGGACCCAGCAGCUGCUGCCAAGGAGCAGCUCGAAGGCGUGGCUGCCGCCGGGAGGAGCUUCGGCUUCCCCUUGAUGCUCAAGUCGAGGACGCAGGCCUACGACGGCAAGGGCAACUUCGUUGUCAAGGAGGGAGGCAAGGCGAUAGAGGGCAUCGAGGCGCUCGGCAACGGUACGCGCGGUCUCUAUGCCGAGAAGUGGGCGCCAUUUGUUAAGGAAGUAGCAGUCAUGGUUGUGCGAAGCUCGACUGGCGAGGUCAGAGCAUACCCGGCAGUCGAGACGGUUCAUCGUGACAACAUCUGCCACACCGUCAUUGCUCCCUUGCGAUAUGGCAAGGAUGCUACCGUCGGGCAAAGGGCGAGAGAAAUUGCGGAGAAGGCCGUCGCUACCUUUGGAGGCGCAGGCGUGUUUGGCGUCGAGCUGUUCCUCAUGGAAGAUGGCGAGCUCCUCAUCAAUGAGAUUGCCCCGCGGCCUCACAACUCUGGCCAUUACACCAUCGAAGCAGCCGAGACGAGCCAAUACGAGAACCAUCUGCGAGCGAUCCUCGGCCUGCCGCUGGGAGGCACAGCCCUCAAGGUGCCCGCUACAUGCAUGGUCAACAUCCUCGGCCUCGCGGACCUUGACAAGGACAAGGAUGCCAUUCUCAAGACAAUGGCACCCGCCGUGGCUAGCUUGACCGUCCCCGGUGCUACUGUGCACUUGUACGGCAAGGUGGGCUGCAGAAAGGGGAGGAAGAUGGGUCACAUCACCGUAGUGGCGCAGAGUGAUGCUGAGCUGCACGCUCGAAUGGAACCUAUCCUCCACGCACUCGAGACGGCCAUUGAGGCGGCGCAGAAUGGCAGUUCUCUCCCUAAGGCGCUUCUACCAGAGGGCGCACGAGAAGCAGCGCAGGCUUCUUCCUCAUCAUCAUUCUCCUCAUCCGCCCAGCAAACUCUUGACUCCCUCUCCCCGAUCACCCCGACCCAACCCUCCUCGCUCGACUUCAAGCAUCCUCAUCCGCUCGUAGGCAUCAUCAUGGGCUCUGAUUCCGACCUGCCCGUGAUGCUUCCCGCAGCUCAACACCUGAAACGCUUCAACGUGCCCUUUGAGCUCACAAUCGUCUCGGCUCACCGCACGCCGGACCGAAUGAAGGCGUACGCACGUUCGGCUGCAUCAAGGGGGCUGCGCUGCAUCAUUGCCGGAGCAGGAGGAGCGGCGCACUUGCCGGGUAUGGUAGCAGCGCAGACUGUCCUGCCCGUCGUGGGCGUGCCAGUGAAGGGAUCGACGUUGGAUGGGGUGGACUCUCUGCACUCGAUCGUGCAGAUGCCGAGGGGAAUCCCGGUGGCUACGGUCGCGAUCAACAACUCGACCAAUGCAGGGUUGCUGGCGAUCAGAAUCUUGGCUGCUGCGGACGAGAGGUAUGCAGCGAUGAUGCAGCGCUACAUGGAUGAUAUGGAGGAAGAGGUACUGGGAAAGGUGGAUCGAUUGAGUCAGCAGGGUUGGGAUUACGUUGUCAAGAAGUAGGCGGGACAAGGCAAGAAGGGCAAUGAUAGACCGCGACGUACGAAAAUCGAAGUGUGCUGCUCUUUGUAAUGGGUUCUGAUUGCUACAGACGUUGGACGCCGGCGUUGUUUGCUUUGCCCUCUCAUUUUAGUCGACCGUGACGUCUGGGUCCCUCACUGCAA